AUGUAUCCUUCAAUGACAGGGUUUCGAGCAAGGGUCCGUCAGAAAUUGGAGGCAUUCCGAGGGGGAAAGCCGAGAAAGCAAAGCACUCAGGUUGAAGGUCCUCACACGAAGAAUGAUUCAAUUUCCCCGACUCAAGGGGAAUCUGAAUAUCAUGACACUGCAAGAAUUGUGGAAGAGAAUGGGCAUGUCCCUCCUAGCGGGGCCACCCAACAAGAAAAGCCAGAAGCAAACGAACACGCUCUUCAUCAUCUUAACCAGAAGGUGACCUCGACAGAAUGUUUGACCACCAUCCACAAUACUCUUUGGAACAAAGCCUACAACAAUCUAAUGCAGGAUCCAAAAAAGGCAAAGUAUGUGCAAGCAUACGAAAAAUUGGUGUUGGCGGUCUUUCUCGAAACGCCCAUCUUUGAUGUAGCUGGUGAAGGUAUUAGUCCUCGCUUAGAUUUGGGAGAAGAACGAAUGCGAGCAAUAGUCGCAAGGGCCCUGGAAAGGGUUGAAGAUAAUAAAAAUGUUAUCGAGACAAUGAAUGAUGUUUCCGGUGUUUUAACGCAAGUAAAGGCAUUCCUUGACAUUCCGUUACAAAGCAUCCCACAGACCGCGCUUCCGUGGGCAGUGAUUUGUUCCACAAUUGAUAUUUUGGUCAGGCCAGCCAAAGCAGCAGCAGAUCUGUAUAAUGGAGUGGCGUACGUUGUUUCCCGAAUGAGCUGGUAUUCAAAAGCUGUAGACAAGCUGUUGAGUGACCAGAAUAUUAAGAACAAUACAUCGCUGGGAGAGAUGAAUCACAGUCUCGAGACUGGGAUUGUUGAUCUCUACGAGUCAAUGCUUUUCUAUCAAAUUAAGAGCGUCUGCUUCUAUUACAAAAGUCAACUUCUCGUUCUGCUCCGGGGCUUUCUCGAUUUGGAUGAUUGGAGCGGGAACCUGAAUGCUGUCAAAGAUGCAGAAAAGGUGCUUCAAAGCGACUUCACCCUCUAUAACCAGGAACAUAUUAAGGAUCAGAUCAGACAGAUAACUAUAGCCAGUGAGCACCAGAAAAAAUUAGACGAAUACCGCAACUGUCUGCAGUCCCUCCGCUGGAUUGACCCUCGAGCUGAGAUCGGAGAUAUACAAGCCCGAAAUGAGAGCAUCAUUGAAGAGCUGUAUACAUGGAUUCUUCUGACGGAUGAAUACAGACAGUUCAGCAAGUGGGAUCAUAUCACACCUGCACGUUUGUGGAUGCUGGAGGAUAAAUCCUUGAAACGAGCCAUCAUUAUCAUUGAUGCCAUGGAUGAAUGCGAGGAUCAGAGCAGAGAACUACUGACUAAAUUUAUCGAUGAUGCGUCCUCGGCAGAAGAGAUGUUCAAUAUAAAGUGGCUCGUCUCCAGCCGGCCACUGCCAGAAAUACCAGCAAGUGUGCAGGACCCCACUCUGCCAGCACACAGACUUCUGAAGCUCGAUGGACAUGACAUGUCGCACUCUAUCGACAAAUAUAUCGAUAUCAAGAUGGUUCAGCUCAGACAUAAGGCACGUAAGAAGAAUCGUGUCGAGGAAAUAGCUGCUAAAUUGAAAGCUGAAGCAAGCAACACUUACAUCUGGGUGUCAUUGGUCUGCAGAGAGCUCAUUAACGCCCAUGAAUUCAUGUGGGCCGAAAUUGUCGACAGAAUUCCCAAAGAUUUGGAAGACCUCUAUGGCUACCUGCUCGAUAGAUUGGCCAAUCUAAACUCCAAAAUUAUGUCAUCAUGCUGCAGGAAUGUCCUCAUGGCUGCUAUGCUUGCUAGAGAUCCCCUGGCUUUGUCCGAGAUUGAAAUUCUAGCAGAACUUCCAGAAGGCGAGGACACAGCCGAAGCUGUCGUCCAGGAAUGUCGGUCUUUUCUGACCAUUCGAAACAAUACCGUGUACCUGGUCCAUCAAUCAGCGCAAGAUUAUCUGCAAAAGCAUUAUCGAAGACUCUACAAUGUCUCUUCGGCCACGCUUCAUCACCAAAUGUAUAAAAGAGCCCUCCAUGGUUUGAGAAAGAACUUGAAGCAAAACAUAUAUGGCGUGUCUCAUUACGGAAUUGCGAUAAAAGAUGUACAAAUCCCCAGUCCAGACCCUUUGAAUUGUGUUCGGUAUGCAUGUCGCUACUGGGUCUAUCAUCUAGUCCAAAGUGGCUGCACGUCCACAGACAUGGAGGAUAUCCUUUCGUUCUUCAACACACAUUUUCUUCACUGGCUAGAGGCAAUGAGUUUGCUGGGGCUGUUUCCCGACACUGUGAGGCUUGUUGGUCAAUUGAAAUCCAUUUCAGAAACUGAGAACGUUCCUGCACUAUUGGACUUUUUAAUGGACGCCGAAAGGUUUAUCUUGCAGAACCUGCCAAUUGCGACCGCAGCGCCUCUUCAGCUCUAUGUCUCCUGCCUUAUAUAUUCGCCCGAAAGAAGUAUCGUCAGGUGCAUGUUCGGAAAGAAAGCCUGCAAAUGGAUCCUGCGAACAGUUGGCGCUGACAUGGAAUGGGGCGCACUGCUCCAAACACUUGAGCAUUCCCAUCGGGUAUGCUCUGUUGCAUUCUCUACAGAUGGACAGCUGGUGGCAUCAGGCUCUUCAGAUAAAACGGUCAAAGUAUGGGACACGCUCACAGGGAAUUUACAAAAGAUAAUUGAUCAUACAGGUUGGGUUAGAGCUGUGGCGUUUUCACCAGACAACAAGCUACUAGCUUCUGGAUUAAGUGAUGGUACCAUCAGGCUAUGGGAUACAAUCUCAUGGCGUGAAACAGGAAGACUCGAGCAAUCUGGAGACAUCGCUCAUCUGAUGUUCUCUCUGAAUAACCAGCUAUUGGGGUCUGCAUCAUUCGAUGGCGUGGUGAAGGUGUGGGAGAAGGGGACGUGGAGACUUAGGUGGGAAUGGCGACCUUCGGGCCAAACAUCAUCGCUCGCACGCACGGCCUUCUCUCUGAAUGGUCAGGUAUUGGUAGCAGCCACAAUACGCGCCCAUGCUCCUAAAAUAGUAGCUCUGGUGAAUAUAGAGACCGAUACUACAGUGCACGAGCUCGCUCACUUGGGCAGGAUCACGAAUGUGGCAUUUUCCCCAGACAAUCGGAUGUUGGCCUGUACCUCAGAUGAUAGGACUAUCACACUGUGGGAUACUGCGACGUGGAAUAUCAAGCACACAAUUCAUGACGAACAUGUGCUUGAUUUGACUGUCUUUUCCCCGGAUAGCAAUUUCAUCUCUGCAGGUCCAUUGCAAAACUCUGUUCAACUGUGGAGUACAAAAAGUGGAACGCUAGAACAUACACUAAAGGGUCAUGCUGACUAUGCUACAACUGUUGCCUUCUCGCCUAACGGCCAGUUGGUGGCAUCGGGGUCACAUGAUAAGACAGUCAAGCUAUGGAAAGUGACCCCGGGGAAGGAGGAGUCAAGCCUGGACUAUCACUCAGAGCCAAUAGAAGGUGUGAUACUUUCACCAGAUGGUCGGUUGGUGGCAACAUACUCUUUGGAUUCCACAGUCAAAUUAUGGGGUGCAGAGAAUGGGAAAUUGGUGCGAACCCUCAAAGGCCACCACGACGAAGUGACAGCAGCUGCCUUCUCUCCAGGCAGCAAGCUACUCGCCUCCAGUUCAUCUGAUCGGACAGUCAGAGUAUGGGAUACCGAGAACGGGCAACAGAAAUGGAAAUUCGACCAUGGUAGUAAAAUGCUAUGUCUGGUCUAUUUCUUUGCGGAAAACCAAGUGCUGGCUACAGAUUUCGGGCAAAACACAUUUCAAAUAUGGAACACAGAAACAGGACACCCUGAACAGACUGGUGGCAUCUACGAUCCUCGCAUUCGAAGUAUACUUCGCACCAAUCCUACAAAACAAGACAUGUCUGCCAAGUGCAAGAUCUCCGUUGAGGACGACUGGGUUAUUCUUAAUAAUAAGAAAAGUAUUUGGUUGCCUCCAGAAUACCGAAACAACGUAUUUGACGAUGCAUGGGCAACUCGGGAGAAUGCUCUUAUAAUUGGGGCUCAAUCCGGCCGAGUUUACUUCGUUUGGUUGGAUCCAGAUGCAUUGAGAGAUGUAUGA